CAUCGUUGGCGGUGGCGUUCUUUUCUACCCGGAAACCACGGCUGCAGGACCCCGACUAGUCUGUGUCGGGGCGGUGUGAGCUGCACUGGCCUCUGGUCCAAGCGUCGGUCCCGCGAAGCCGGACACUGCUCCCGGCGCGGCGGGGAGGAUGUUGCCAAGCGGCCCCGAGCCCGCCGCUCGCCGCCGCAAGUGAGCUCGGAGCUGCCCUGGGAGUCUGCGGAGCAGCUGGCGGGGCUGGGCCCCGGGCGCGCCGCUGCCCGCCGGGGCGGGGUGGAGCUGAUCAGAAUAAUGUUCAACAUCAACCCCUUGGAUAACCUGAAGCUAUAUAUCAGCAGUCGGCCUCCCUUGGUGGUCUUUAUGAUCAGUGUAAGUGCCAUGGCAAUAGCUUUCCUGACCUUGGGCUAUUUCUUCAAAAUCAAGGAGAUUAAGUCACCGGAAAUGGCAGAGGAUUGGAAUACUUUUCUGUUGCGGUUUAAUGAUUUAGACUUGUGUGUAUCAGAGAAUGAAACAUUAAAGCAUCUCACAAAUGACACCACAACUCCGGAAAGCACAAUGACCAGCGGGCAGGCCAGAUUGUCCACCCAGUCCCCACAGGCUUUGGAGGAUUCAGGCCCCGUUAACAUCUCAGUUGCAAUCACGCUUACCCUGGACCCACUCAAACCAUUUGGAGGAUACUCUCGCAACGUCACUCAUCUGUACUCAACCAUUUUAGGGCAUCAAAUUGGACUUUCAGGCAGGGAAGCCCAUGAGGAGAUAAACAUUACCUUUACCCUGCCUGCAGCUUGGAGCUCGGAUGACUGUGCCCUUCACGGUCACUGUGAGCAGGUGGUGUUCACAGCCUGCAUGACCCUCACAGCCAACCCCGGUGUGUUCCCCGUCACCGUACAGCCACCACACUGUGUUCCUGAUACAUACAGCAACGCCACGCUCUGGUACAAGAUCUUCACAACUGCCAGAGAUGCCAACACCAAAUAUGCUCAAGAUUAUAACCCUUUCUGGUGUUAUAAGGGAGCCAUUGGAAAAGUCUAUCAUGCUUUAAAUCCCAAGCUUACAGUUAUUGUUCCAGACGAUGACCGUUCAUUAAUAAAUUUGCAUCUCAUGCACACCAGUUAUUUCCUCUUCGUGAUGGUGAUAACAAUGUUUUGCUACGCGGUUAUCAAGGGCAGACCCAGCAAAUUGCGUCAGAGCAGUCCUGAAUUUUGUCCUGAGAAGGUGGCUUUGGCUGAUGCCUAAUCCCACAACUGCCCGUUUUCUGAGAGACUGAAAUAAGCUGUAAUCAUUGCCUGCUGAUGCCAGCCUGGGCCUGGACACUCUGUGAAUACCUUAUCUUGCAAUGUUGGGUUAUUCCAGCCAAAGACAUUUCAAGUGCCUGUAACUGAUUUGUAUAUAUUUAUAAAAAUCUAAUUAGAAAUUGGUCCAGUGAUGCAUGUGCUUCGCACUGGGUGCAGCCUGAACCCUGCAGCCUCUCCUGGGGACUUGGUGGGAUGAUGAUGAGCAGUGCCAGCGGCAAUCCCUGACCUCCUUGCAUCCAAGCGGGCUGUGCUGUCUUUACCAAGGUCACAGGGUGUUUCAUUGCUGGUGGCGUUGAGGUUUGCUUUGGUUCGAAACAGUUAGCACCUUUGACAUGGUGUUGCAUUUCCCAAGCCACCAAUCCGUUUUGUGGAUUUAUGUGUCUGGCUUAAUAAUCAUAGUAACAACAGUAAUAUCUUUUUCUCCAUUUUGCUUGCAGGGAAACAUACCUAUCUUUCUAUGUUUUCUUUUUUUUUUUUCUUUGAAAAAAUAAAAAUACUCACAUUUCACUACUACCCUAGUUAGGACAGACUUGUGCUUUCAUCUUGAGUAAAAAGUUAAAUAUUUUAAAGUCACCUCCAUGGUAAAUAUCUAAGUUUCAUUUCCGCAUGGAUGAUGAGGAACCUGGUCUUAUGGAAUUGAGUUGGCACAAAACAUUCCACGUCUUUUUCUCCUCUGUUGUUCCUUCCCUCUAUUAUAAAAGUAAAGCAGCUUCCUCACUCAGAAGGGCUUAAAAAUUAAGUAAAUAUCUCUAGAGUAGGGUAAAAAUUAGCUGUUCUGUUUUCUGGAAAGCAGAUGACAGUAUGGAAAGAAAGAAUGAUGAUUUGGUCUAAGUUGUGAAAGGAUUUCAUAUUUUCUUUGAAGAGAGAGUGGUUUUUCUUCCCUCUUUUCGUAUUUAUUUCUAUGCAGUUAACAUUAUCAGAGGAAAAUGACAACUAGUAGAUCAGUGCCAUUACAAAAACGAUGCCUGUAAAAUGUGAAUGAAAGCAAUUCUGAUUUGCUAUUUAUCAGGAAAUCCCACAACAUUUUCCUUUCCUACAUUUUGAUGAUUAAUUCCUUUACCCCUUUUUCCUUCUAAUCCAUCUUCAUUUAAAAAAAAAUUCACAUUUUCUAGUCUUGUUACUUGUCUUCCUGUUUUUCUUAAGUUUUUUGCUUUAGUAGCUCAUUGUCACUAAUGAUUUCUGCAUUCUCGCAAGCAAAGGCAGAGUAGAAGGGCAAGUAAAAUCUUGAACAUGACUAUUAGCACUUCUUUCCCUUAACUCCAGGUCUGUAUAGUCUGUUCUAAGUUAGAAUUAUAGAUUGGCCUAGAAUAGUCACAUUUUAAUACUAUUUUUAUCCCAGGCAUUCUUGAAUGGAAAACAGCUGUGGGCUUUCACUGAAGAUUGUUAAAAUAACCUUCUUAGUAACUGGAUGUGUAAAUAUAUAUUUUUUCCUUUCAGUACAUUUCAAGCACAGUAAUCACACUUGUCUAUCCAGUUUGAGGUGAGUUGCUUACAUGAUGCAUGGCUAACUUGUUAAUUUAGUUUUCUCUUCAGAGACUUUGAGACUCUUAGGAGACAAAAUUGAGAAAGCUGUUGGGCCUUUAGAAACACCAAUAUCAUUAAGACCAACAGAUUUUAGGUUAAGCUGCUACUGACGUAAUAAAAUCCCAAUGAGUGGCAUUCUAUGGAUAGAUUUACAACUGGCAGAGUAAGGAGAAAGAUAGGUUGAAAAAGUCAAUUUCACUGAUUUGUUCAGUCCAGCGUGCUGCUAAUAUUACCCUUGUUUUAAUUCUAGGGAAUGGCUGGAAUCUGUAGCCAGGGGAAGAAGCACACUGCUAGGCUUGAGGAAAGAAAGUACCAAAAAUGCCUGGACACACACUUUAAAAUCCAGCAUUUACUCUGGUAGGUAAUUUUCAAGGAUCUUGUGGAAACCCAGAGUCAGGUGUAUAAAGGAAGGCCGAGGCGGAGCGGAGGCCAUGGACCUGGGUAAAGAGGUCUAGGACCUAAAGAGACUUCCACUGGGUCUCAGGAAGUCCAGGGGACCUGUUGCUAUGGAGGCACUUACAGACAAGGCCUGGUCCUCUGUAGUGUCUUGAUAGGGGACCUCAGGAUUGGAAGAGUGUCACAGACAGGGCCCAUUUGCCAUUGAGGAGUGACCCCUUAUGGGAGUGCUGGCUCAUCCUCAGGCAUCUUGGACUGGAGGUCCAAUGAAAGGUCAACUUACUAUUACAGUGGUUGUUCCAGAUCAUAUUGAUCUCUUUUUCUUUUUCCUUUUGUCCUUUCACUGUGUGACUUGAAUCAGUUUUGAUUCUAUUUGUAAAUUUUUCUCAUCAUUAGGAACCUGCCAUUUCUAUUGCAUUUUCUUUGGCAGUCUGUAGGGAUUCAGCAUCCUGGUUUUUCAAUCCUCCUGUAGGCACUGUGGGGUUACAAGGGCCAGUGGAUCCAUUUCACUUAUCUUGCUGCAUGAUUGUCAGUAGCCGAUCUGUUAUGGCAUUCACUCCCAAAUUAAUUUUCUGUAUUUGAAAUAUGUGCAUAUGUGCUUUAUAGAAUAAAACAUCUGAAUUUA